UUAAACCGAGACCAUUGGAUUACAGUAAUUUGACGUUUUGAGCUGGAAUCAACUGCUCCGUCUACGAGUGAAAAUAAAAACGGCGGGCCAUAGACCAUAGACGGCUGUAGUCCGCAUAGUGCCAGUUUGUGAAGCGCUGCGUUGUGCUGCAUCAGGACAUGGUUAUCAGCUCUGGGGAAGUUAUCUACCAGAGUGGCAAUAGAACCCUACUCUAGGGCCCAGGCGGCGGUGGCAGCGGCCUUGCAGCUGUCGUUUGAUUGGUCGGCAGCUGGGGGCCCACGCCCAUGCACACGCCCAGCGGCACCAUGGGAAGCUCCCCCGAGGUGCUCUCCUGGGCCUCCUGCCCCAGCCUGCUGGUGGGCAAGCUCAAGGAGGAGCUGAAGAUGAGUGUGGUGGGGGACGCCAUGAAGAAGAACAACUCCAACAGCAACACCAACAGCAACAGCAACCCCGCCCCUCCCCCCUCCACGAUUGGUGGGAACAACAACUCGUCAUCCAAUCAGGGCUCUCCGCUGCUCCCCCAUAACACCACUAACACCAACACUGGGUCCAAUAACGCCAACCCACCACCAACAACAACACCAACACCUCAACAACAACAACAACAACAGCUGCCACCCCCCCAGAUCAUCACAGACCUGGCGCCCCCCACUCACCUCCCUGUUCCCCUGCAACACCUCAACCUGCCCAGCAGGGGUGGCGUCGGGGACGAGGACCCGAUGCUCGGGGGCAUCAGCCCCCCCAUCACGGCCCUGAGCGAGGACUCGACGCGCGAGCAGGACCACUUUGACAACAGCAUGCUGCAGCUCCAGGACCACGAGAGGGAGGCCGAGUCUCCGUGCUCCUGCGGCCAGGGAGGAGGCCUCAGCGGCGGGGAGGAGGGGAACGAGGACGGCCACGGAGGUGGCGGUGGUGGUGGUGGAAGUGGAGGUGGUGGAGAAGGGUGCUUGGAGGACCAUAACUGUGGGGAUGGAGGAGGGGAGGGAGGAGAGAUGCACCAUCGGCAUCAUCAUCACCAUCCCCACCCGGAUGACAUCAAGCUGCAUUUCCACCGGGCGGGCCAGGGCGGAGGCUUCCUGGAGGGGCUGUUCGGGUGCCUGAAGCCCGUCUGGAACAUCAUCGGGAAGACCUACUCCACAGAGUACAAGCUGCAGCAACAAGUAGACAUGUGGGAGGUGCCGUUUGAGGAGAUCUCGGAGCUGCAGUGGCUGGGGAGCGGGGCGCAGGGGGCCGUCUUCCUGGGCAAGUUCCGCUCUGAGGAGGUGGCCAUCAAGAAGGUCCGGGAGCAGAAGGAAACAGACAUCAAGCACCUGCGGAAACUCAAGCACCCCAAUAUUAUAGCGUUUAAGGGUGUGUGUACCCAGGCCCCGUGCUACUGCAUCAUCAUGGAGUACUGUGCCCAGGGACAGCUGUACGAGGUGCUGAGGGCUGGCAGGAAGGUGACUCCGCGGCUGCUGGUAGACUGGGCAUCAGGCAUCGCCAGUGGUAUGAACUACCUGCACCUCCACAAGAUCAUACACCGAGACCUCAAGUCCCCCAAUGUGUUGGUGACCCAUAAUGAUGCGGUUAAGAUCUCGGACUUCGGGACGUCCAAGGAGCUGAGCGAUAAGAGCACCAAGAUGUCCUUCGCUGGUACGGUGGCCUGGAUGGCCCCGGAGGUCAUCAGGAACGAACCCGUCUCGGAGAAGGUGGACAUCUGGUCUUUUGGGGUGGUGCUGUGGGAGCUGCUGACGGGAGAGAUCCCCUAUAAGGACGUGGACUCCUCGGCCAUCAUCUGGGGCGUGGGCAGCAACAGCCUCCACCUGCCCGUGCCCUCCACCUGCCCCGACGGCUUCAAGAUACUCAUGAAGCAGGCAUGGCAGGGCAAGCCAAGGAACAGGCCAUCGUUCCGGCAGAUCCUGCUGCACCUGGACAUCGCCUCGGCGGACAUUCUCGGAGCUCCUCAGGAGACCUACUUCAAGUCUCAGUCGGAGUGGCGGGAGGAGGUGAAGAAGCACUUUGAGAAGAUCAAGAGUGAGGGCACGUGCAUCCAUCGCCUCGACGAGGAGCUCAUCCGCCGCAGGAGGGACGAACUCAGGCAUGCCCUGGAUAUCCGGGAGCAUUAUGAGCGUAAGCUGGAGAGGGCCAAUAACCUCUACAUGGAGCUGAGUGCCAUCAUGCUGCAGCUGGAGGUCCGGGAGAAGGAACUCAUGAAGCGAGAGCAGGCGGUGGAGAAGAAGUACCCGGGCAGCUACAAGCGUCCCCUGGUGCGGCCCAUGGUGCGCUCCAACGCCGUGGAGAAGCUCAUCAAGAAGAAGGGCAGCGUCUCCCACAAGCCCAGCAGCCAGGCAUCCAAAAGGCCUGACCUGCUGCGUUCCGACGGCAUCCCCUCGAGCGCGGACCCCCUGCCCUCCCCGUCACCCCUCUCCGGCAGCCCCAAGGUGUCCACGCCGCCCGGCAAGGCCCGCUACCGCACCAAGACCCGGCAUCGGCGCGCCAACAGCAAGGGCAGUCACAACGACUUCCCCGGCGUGCUGAAGAGCAGCAGCAUAGGACUGGGCAGCAGUGUGGGCAGCAUGGGCAGCAUCGGGGGCAGCAGUAUUAGUGGAGGAGGAGGAGGAGGAGGAGCGGCCAGUAGCGAGGAGCAGCAGCCUCUCUACCACCACCACCACCACCUGCAGCACCCAUCUCUGCCUGCGGAGGGCGCCCUGCUGCCACUGCGGGGCCGCGAGACGGUGGUGGCCAACUGUGCCAACAGCUUGCGCUACUUCGGGCCAGCGGCGGCGCUGCGCAGCCCCCAGACGGACCACUUCCAGCAGCGCCGCGUCUCCGGCUCCAACCCCGACCUCAUCUCCACCGUCGUUGACGCCGACUCCCGACGCGCGGCCACCGCCAUCGGACCUGUCAGCAACGUACUCGGAAUCGGCGGAAUAGGACCGGACGGCAUGCCGACUAACGGCACAGACGAUGCCUCAGCAUCCCCAAUCCCCAGCAGUAUGGCUGGGGUGGCGGGCAUGGGCGUGGGCGUAGGGGUCGGUGUUGGCAUGACUGGUCUGGCAGUGUCUACCUCCUCCCUGAGCUCAGGGCCCGGACCCUUAUGCCCGUGCUGCCAGGCUCACCCGUACCCGGACUGCCCCCACUGCCAGGAAGAGACCGUGCCCAUGGUGCCCACCAGCCACCCCGAGCUGCCCCACUACUCACUGCUCAGCACCCGCGAGGCCAGUCCCCAGCCCGCCUCGCCCAGGCUCGUACAUCACCAGCAGCAGCCGGCGUCGGACUCUGAGGGCCCGAGGCAAGGACAUGGACAUGGACAAGUCCAGGGGCUGGGUAGGGGAAGGGGCCAGGGACGAGGCAGGAGCCGGGAAGGAGACAGGGAAAGGGAGAGGGAGCGAGCGGAGCAUGAGUCCCCACGGAGCAGCCUCCCACCUGGAGUCGUACGCAUGCUGAGACCCCUGAGGAAGGGCGGUGAUGACUCAUCUGAAGAGGAGGAAGGGGAGGUGGACAGCGAAGUGGAGUUUCCACGGAGACAGAGGCCCCACAGGUGCAUGAGCACCUUCAAGUCCUACUCCACCUUCAGCUCGGAGAACCUGUCGGUGUCGGACGGCGAGGAGGAGGGCAACACGAGCGAGCGCUCCAACAGCUGCCCCCUGGAGCGACUGGGGAGUAACGGAGGAGGAGGAGGAGGAGGAGUAGGAGGAGGAGGCCUGGACGGCAUGAUGAGCAGAGGCAACAGCCAGGAGGAGCAGCUGGAGCUGCUAGACGAGGAGAUGCUAUUGGCCAACACGCCCGAGAUCCCGCCCAUCGACAUCUCCACGCAGUCCGACGGCCUGUCGGACAAGGAGUGUGCCGUGCGCCGCGUCAAGACCCAGAUCUCCCUGGGGAAGCUGUGCACCGACGAACACAGCUACGAGAACCCACUGCACUUUGAGUCUGACUGUGACUCCUCAGACGCGGAUUGUUCUGACGCCACCAUCCGCAACCCCAAGCCCUCCGCACCUUCUUCCUGGUGAGGGUGGAACCAACCUCGCCGCCUCCACCAAUGGCACCAAGGGAAACCAUGGCAAUAACCAAGAUGAUUGGCUGAUUGCAGCCAACACACUCUCAACCCCCACCCCCUCCAACCCAAUCCCAUUCCUUCGCUGAUAGUCCUAUGCUCCGUCCCCUUAUAUGCCAGCCCUUUAUUCCUCUCCUCCCAAAUCUUUCCGCCCAGUUACCUUGGCGACCUAAAGCAGGGAUUCCUUUCAAAUGACACUGUAGCAAAACUUAUAUAGCACUCAAAAUCUAUUUUUGUUUGAGGUCUCGAGGAAGUUAAAAAGCAAAAUCAGGAACUCUGUACAGAUGAAAAUGAAACAGAACAAAGAAAAAAAAAACAACAGCAACCCUGAACAAACAAAGAACUUUGCAAUGCAGACAAGGAUGAUGGCAAUUUGCUAGAAUGGACUGACUUGGGACAUGUACGUGCUUGUGUAAUAUGAGAGCCGAGAAUACAGGGCAUUUGUGUAGAAUACGAAGGCAGGUGUGUGUUUGUGUGUGCGUGUGUCCUGGGGCACUCAGGCACAGCAGUAAAGCUAAAGACCAUUCCAUGAUCACGAGGACCAGCCAAUGUCCGUCCAUCCACUCAUCUAUCUAUUCAUCCAUCCAGCCAUCUAGUCAUCCAUCCUCUCAGAAGGCAGUCGAGAAGCAACCAACUCCCCUCGACCUAUACCUGCGCACCUUGACAUCAUUUAGCCAGAAUACUCUCUCCCUUUGUCUGUCUGUUGCUCUCUCUCUCUGUCUCACUCUUUCUCCCUCUCUGGUUGAGUAGAGCCAUCUGGAUCUUUGGCCCUUCUUCUUUGUCCCCAUGUGUCCUAAUCUAUUCUGCAUCUCUCUGCGCCUGUCCUGCAUCUCUUCUGGCCUUAUCUUCUGGAAGGAGUGAGUGAGGAGCUCAUUCCACCUUUUAUGACACCAGCAUGACAUGACCUGGCCAUCUCCCCUCGACCCCAAUCUGUUCAGAUGGAGACCCCUAUCAAAUAUAUACACACACACACACACACACACACACACACACACACACACACACACACACACACACACACACACACACACACACACACACACACACACACACACACACGCACACACAAACCUGUGGAGUCCUCUUCUGCGUGGUUCAAUAAGGCAACAACCAGGUCAUCACAUCAGGGUGGUCGUCUAGGAAGAUCAAAAUGAUUGCACAUGACACUGGACAUUGGACAGUGGACCAAGAAGACAAAGAGGGAUUGUCAUUUCAGGAAGUCUGUUUUCAGGGGCAUCAUUGCGCAUUGGACAUUACAAGGGAUGGACAGAGAAAUAUAAUAAUAAUAAUAACCAUUAUAUUAACAACAACAAACAUCCACUUGAAUAUGCCCUACUCAUCUCCUUCCCUGUUGUUUUUUUUCAUCUCAGAAGUUUUUGGAUCAAUAGAGAGGACUGAAAGACUAACCGAACGAGCACCAAUGACGAGGAAAAACAAACGCUAUUAUGACUCUUUUUUUUUUGUCUGUCUGGGCAUGAGUUCCAUGUCUCAGGCUGGCCUCUAGGGUUUCACUCAUUUAUGUUGAACUUUUGUUUUGAUUUUCCCCUCCUCUCUCUCAUCAUGUUUUCCUGCUGAUUGUCAUCCACUCAUACACAAUGAGAAGACAUUUUGGGCAGUGGUGGGUUAUGGGUAAUUUGCAGCAUCCCUUGAAGGAGUUCGCUCAGGCAUACAAGGUCUGUCUUUUUUUGUUGUCGACGACGACGAUGAUGAUGAUGAUGUUGCUGUCAUUGGUGUAAUUAUUGUUGUUGUUUAAAUGCACUCGUUUGUUUGUUUGUUUGUCCGCGUCGUUGGUGCUGAAUGAGCGUAAAUUAAAAUGGAUGAAUGUUUACAGAAAGGCUGAGGAGUAAACUGUUAGAGAAGCACAGGCUAUGGCUCCAGGGAACCUUUGCGGAAGAAGGUUGCUCGGACCAGGAACAAAACCAGCAAUAAAGGUUGAUUUCCGCUCAGGCUGAAAAUAGGCUCCAGGUCAUUCUAAUUCCUACCCUCCUUUCCUUUGGCGUCUUGCCUCAGUGUCGCUAUGGAGAAAACAAAGUUUCUCUGCUGUCAAGCAGAGCAGAUUGGGUUUCCUCUCAAAUUAGAAAAUGAGUUUUGAAUAUUUGAUAUUGAAUAAAACCUUUGAUCCUUGAUGGCGUGGAGCCUCGCGUAGGCUAUAGGCAAGGACGAGAGGAGCUAGAAUGACAGCCCAGGUUAGAACAGCUCAGGAGAGUCCAGCCGGACUGGACAGACAAAGAUGCUCAGAGAAGUCCGGAAGUGGCACAUACAGUAGUGAGGAAGCAGCUUUCGAAGAUCCUUUCUAUUUUUUUAAACAUAGAAAAUUCCAGAAUCCAAUGCUCAGGUAUUGAUUUGACCAGUGUUUUGGUGUUAUAGCAAUGGGCGACCACUUGGGGGAGGCAGACUUCCUUGAUAUAUAUUUUUUUUGUCUCUAUCCCAUAAUUCAAGCUGUGAAGGAGAGAUGGCAUUUAAUUAUUAUUUUUUUGCAUUGAGCCGAAAUGGGCUGGAGCUUACUUGCUACUUUGAGAUCUUAACUGUGUCAUAUUUCACGUCUGUCAGAAUAUUGUGUACGUUUAUAAUCGUUUUCUUAUCCGAGUAAAGGGAUGCUGCAUCUGGCCCGUAGGCUACACCCCCACUCGUA